AUGAGUCUGAGGUACGCGUGCCGGAUCGCGGCGCAGGUGGGCGUGCGCGCAGCGCAGGCGGCGAAGGAGCAGACCGUGAGGUCUAUUAAGGAUGCCGCAGCCUCGGCCUCCUCCGCCUCGUCCUCCUCCUCCAAGCAGGUGCGGCGGUUUUCCUCCUCCGGCAGCGGGCCCUCGUCCGGUGGCGCCGGUCUGAGGGGCGCCGGCUGCGCGGCGGUCCGCAGUGAGGCGAGGCGCCGGAGGGCGGAGGAGUCGCUGCGGACGGUCAUGUUCUUGAGCUGCUGGGGCCCCAACUAG